GCAGAGAAUUUCAGAAACGGGUAAAGAUGGGUAAAGCAGAGCAGGGUGCAUCUCGUUACCCAGCACCUCCACGGAGCACGGCACGCUUGGCCAACUUGUCCCCAGCCAAGCUGGAAGAAGUGAGCGCACUACUCAAAAAUCACGUGGCUGUGGCGAGCUCGAAGCCUGCUCCUGGGCUCCCCCCGGCAGCAGGAAAGCAGGCAGCUGUGUCACAGGCACAGAGUUCAGCAGCUCCCGGCUGGGUGUGCAGCACCUUGCACUCCUCUCUCUGGGCUGACUCCGGAGAAGCGGCUGGGAGCUGUGUCUGAAAUUAGACUGCUGGGGAAGGAGUGGAACCGUUAACAAACCGUGCUGUGUCACUGCGUACCUCUCCCUUGACAGCAAGACCUUGUUUUUGCUGGCAGUUAGGCAGAAUGCAGCGCUGGGAGUGGCUUUGCAGCAAACUUGGUGGGAUGUCCACAGUGCAUUUUUUAAAUGGCAAUUCUGUUACCAAAUGUAGAAAGUGUGACCAGAGGGCUCGAGCCCUCCGACGGGUACAUUCCAAGCCUAAUGAUUCAUGCUUAGGAUUUAAAACUGAGACCGCAGGUUUGAAGUACAGUUGUAUAUUAGUCUUCCUUGCAACUGCCUUUGCUUGCUGUUUAUAAAAACUUGAGGGUAAGGCUUGAGGCAGUAAUGAGAAGACAAGUAAUUAAACGGGGUCACUAGAUUUGAUGCUUAUUUGAGCUGACAGAGCAGAAUGGUGUUGCAUAGCUGGCAGAUUAGCAGUUCACUAUUAGAUAAUAAUUCUCCAGGGAUUUGUACCUCAUGGUCACCGCUUCUUUUAUUUACUUAAGAUGCAUUCUGGAUAAGUUUAGGCAGGUGAGAGAGUUUGGCACAGAUGUCCAGGCUCCUAGAAACCAGCAAUCCUAAGAUUCUUUUCCAAGCUAGUAACACAGGUUUUGUGGCAUUGCCUGGAUCUCACGAAGUCCAGCCGUUUUGAAGCUACUAUGCGAGUUCCUCCACCAGUUCUUGUUCCUUUCCCCAUGGAAAACAGCUAAACUCAGGGUGGAUUUUUCAUUUCAGCCUCCUCACACCGGAGGAAUAUUAAUUGCUGCUGAGGCAGCCACAGUAAGAAUGGCAACUUGCCAUGUAAGUCAGCAGUUAAGCAGGACUCACAGAUUUGCAUUUUGGUGCGUGUAAUGAGGUCAGUAGAACAGAACGUAAGAGAAACAUAAGUUGUCAUACUCAUCUGAACUGAGUUUUUUGAAUAAGUGGAUGAAAAAAACUUAUAAUGCCAAUAUUUGCCCCGUCCUGGAGAGGAAUCUCUUGAACCACACUGUUUUGGGUUUUUUUGAUUUGAACUGAAGGGUGCUAGUCCCCAUUGCAUUGGGCAGGAGAACAUUUCAAUGUCCGUUCAUUUUUAGGGAGCAGAAGAGAUACAUAACUUGUUCCACGUUUUCACAGAAUCAGGCUUGCUCAAUCUAGAAUAUAAUUCCUUGAAAGCAUUUGGGAGGAUGAAACUGAACUUCUGUUGAAAGAGGUCAUGGAUUUACCUCCCUAAUCCUUGAGAGAAAGGUAUACAAUGUAGCUGCAAGCCUCGUAGCAGAGAUUCAAGUGGGAAACAGAGGGGGAAUCCAGAGACAGACCAGCGGGGGAAUUAAAAACUGUGACGUCGUGUCCUCCCUCCUGUGCCGGAGCAAGCAAAGAAAGGAGAGGUAGAGGAAAAAAAGACUGAGCCUUGCAACCAACCAUCACCUUGGCGAUGUGUCAGUCAAACACCCUGCAGGGACCAGAUCUGCAUACAGGGAAAUGGUUGCAAUUUCCCCAGCUGGCCCUGAGGCGAAGGUUGGGCCAGCUAAGCUGUAUGUCUAGGCCUGCUCUGAAACUCCGUUCUUGGCCUCUGACUAUUCUCUAUUACCUUCUGCCUUUCGGUGCUCUUAAGCCCUUGACCAGAGUGGGAUGGAGGCCUGUGAGCAGGGUUGCUCUGUACAAAUCGGUACCAACUCGACUGCUCUCACGAGCAUGGGGUCGCCUGAACCAGGUGGAGCUGCCUACAUGGCUUCGGAAGCCUGUUUACAGCCUGUACAUUUGGACAUUUGGAGUAAACAUGAAGGAGGCAGCUGUUGAAGAUCUGCAUCACUAUAGAAACCUCAGUGAAUUCUUUCGCAGGAAGCUGAAACCACAAGCACGGCCAGUCUGCUGUUUGCACAGUGUGAUUAGUCCCUCUGACGGAAAGAUCCUUAACUUUGGACAAGUAAAGAACUGUGAAGUGGAGCAAGUAAAAGGGGUUACUUAUUCCCUGGAAUCUUUCUUGGGACCUCGCAUCAGCACAGAGGACUUGCAUUUUAGUGAGGCCUCACCUGGUAACUCCUUUCAGCAACAGCUAGUCACAAAGGAGGGGAAUGAGCUCUAUCAUUGUGUAAUCUACCUUGCACCAGGGGACUACCACUGCUUCCACUCGCCCACUGACUGGAGAGUGUCACACCGACGUCAUUUUCCAGGCUCUCUGAUGUCUGUGAAUCCUGGAGUUGCUCGCUGGAUCAAGGAACUGUUCUGCCACAAUGAACGGGUUGUCCUUACAGGUGACUGGAAACAUGGCUUUUUCUCUUUAACGGCUGUAGGAGCAACAAAUGUGGGCUCUAUCCGCAUCUACUUUGACCAGGACCUGCAUACCAACAGUCCCUGUUACUCAAAAGGUUCCUACAAUGACUUCAGCUUCGUAUCCAACAACAACAAGGAGGGAAUACCCAUGAGGAAAGGAGAACAUUUAGGGGAAUUUAAUCUAGGCUCUACUAUUGUACUCAUCUUUGAGGCACCUAAGGACUUCAAAUUCCACCUCAAAGCUGGACAGAAAAUCCGCUUUGGAGAAGCCCUGGGCUCUCUAUAGAAACUCACGCAGCAAGAAGGUUUUAUAUACAAGGGGACUUUUAUCACAUCACAGCAAGUUUCACUUAACAAGCGUAUAUCACUCAGCAGGACCUGGGUGAGGAAAAUGGAAGAUGUCAUUGCUAUGUUCAACUUUGAGAGUAUUUGGCCUAUAUUUACAUAUUGCUGCUGAAUGCAGAAAGAGAAUUGAAUGAACGUGUAUGUAUCAGGUACAGCUGCCUUUAAAGAUGUUGACUAUGGAGGUUUCUGUCCUACCCUGUGCCUGUAGUCUUUGAUGUUCUCCCCCUCAAUGUGCCACAGGAUAUCUAUGUUCACAGAGCUUAAAAAUCCCUUUUAAUCCCUAGACCAUGCAGGUGCAAGGGGGAAGGGUGGAAAUAGAGAUUAGGUUUAUUUAAAGGGACAUUAAGAAGUUGAGUCAGACCUUGUACCUUUGAUCUGCUGUAUUUCUUUUUCAGACCUUGAGUAACAAAUGUAUUCUCGUCUUUAUUCUAAAACACUUCUCUGAAGUCCUUGUAUAAAAUACCUGGAGAGCCAUGAACUAGUCCAGUUAAAUGGACUAUUAUGGCUUCACAGUCCAAACUAAGCAAAAUGCACAGACCGCAUGAGUAAAGUAAGUUACACAUCCAAUUUAUUUCCUAAUGUUAGACAACUUUAAUUCUUUUACCUAACAAUGUCCCUUGAAAAAUGGACUUUGCACUGUAUUUUAAACCUGGAACCACUGUGUCUACAUUCCAUACAAUGAAACUGGUCAUCGUGGAUUUUUUUUUUAAUACUAGCAGACAGAUCCAUAUGUCCAAUUCCUAAUCCAUGCUUUUAUUUUGCAAUUCCAGGCCUUAAAGAUCUUGUUUGUAUUUAAGAGAGAGUUCACCUCCUGAAUUAAGGGUUGGAAGACAAAGAGAAUGUUUCUCAUGUGAUGCUAUGUAUCUUCAGUGUUGCUUUGUCAUUGUUAUUGAAGAAUAGUUCCUCUAUUUACAGGGCAGUUUCAGAUACUUCAGGACCAAUUUUUAUCACGUGCAGUGCAAUGCCAUAUGUACUGACAGUACAUUAAAACAACAGCUCUUGGAAGCAAUCCCAGGUUGCCUCCCAGGUGCCAACUUGGCCAUCCUGUAAUGCACUGGCACCUAUUUUGUCUUAUCUAAAAUAUAAAAAGCCACACCUGCUCUGACUUCUGCCCUCAGACUAAUUUUGCUAGGAAUGUUCUGGGGCCUGAAAGCUUUAUGCUGGAGUUUCAUCCUACAGCAAAACCUCAGAGCCUCAUUGCAAUUUAACGUCAAGAAGAGUUAACAAAACACCUUGGAUCUCUUGAGCAUGGCACCAAAAGCCCUGACACUGGUGCCAAAGUAAAGAAGAAGAACUCUGUUUUAAAGCAAUGUAACAAUUAUUUUUAGAAAAUAAACUGUUUCAAGUCCAGCCGCUCAAACAUUUUGAGUUGAAGUUGCUGUCCAGCACUUGUGGGAGUGGACAUGCUUAUGAAACUUGCCUUUCUGAUCUCUGAAAGAUUUCUCAUACUACUUCCUUGCUUGAGCCUUGGGUGUUUUUUCUGCUACUUCAAGGAGAUGAUAGACUUUGAUCUGCUGUGACUUCUUUAAGAAAAACUUACCUUCUUUAUAUGCACUGCAGAAAAUAGAAUAUAAUUUUAUUGUACAAAUGUCCAGUUUGCCAAGUCCUGUAUGCUUAGCUUGUCAUCAGGAAUGAAAGGAUGAUGAACUGUAUGUAGCAAUGUAGUCCAGCCAUGACUCUUAAGAUGAUGGUGGCUGUUCAGGUGACAAGCAGGAGAAAAUUCAUUUGGCUCUGAGAGUCAAUGUUUCCUCACUUUACAUGGGGAGGAGUUUGAAAGCUUGAAGUGGCUGUUCGCCACCUAUCUUGUUAAACUUCUUGGCAGUAGCAAGUUUACUCCUGCAGCAGUAUAUUACCACAUAUAGGUAUCUAGAAAUGUGCACUUUUAAACCACUGAGAGUAAGAAAUACUAAGGCAAAUAUCAGCCACAGAGGAUUGAACUGUGACUAGCCUCAACUUCAAAGACAUGUUUAUAGCAGACAACAACUUUAGUUCCAGUGGAUGAGAGACGAGAUAACAAUCUCUUCUCCCUUCUCCACUGGGGCCCGUGGCAUCCCGAUGUAGCCAAAGCAACUUUAAGCUUUAAUUUCUUGCUACUCCACAUCAUCAUCUGCAGGAUCUGAAGGUUACUGUUAUUCAGUAAUGGAGGAUGUAUUAAAGCAAACAUCUGGUAACCUAAGUCUAAGAAGUGGGAGAGGAUUCAGCAAUGCAAGUAACUGGUUUUGCGAAGGUCUUAAUACUGUGCAGAGCUAGCUGAUUAACGAACAUUACUUGUGCAGUGGUCAGCAAUUACUCUGAAACUGGAAGCAAAGUUCAUAGAGGGUACUGAUAAUGCUGUGAAUUUCUCCUGCAUGGAGAAUCCAUUGAAUUCUUCAACUGUAUCAGUAGCACGGUAUUUUUGUAUGUCAAAGUGUAUGACUUAAUGACAUUAACUCAUUUAAUUGCAAACAUUUUGAAAUAAAGAGUCUUAUCUGUG